AAACCUCUAAGUAGCCUAGCCUGCUUAGUCAUCUCAAAAGACGGGAAAAUCUUUGUAUUUGAAACAAUUUCUCUUCAAAAAUGGUCCUUUUAGACAACGAUGGAUUUUUGACGCAGCUUACUUACCUUGUUCAAAAGUCUCGAACAUCUGGUUCAGUGUACAUCACACUUAAAAAAUACAAUGGUCAGACAAAACCUAAGCCUCGAGGUUCAAAGAAGAUGAAUAAGCUUACUGCUGUUGAACAGGAUCAUCAUGGAGAAAGUCGAUGUCUUUUUAGAGCUACGAAAGGAAAUAAGAAAAUUAGCACUGUGGUCAAUUCAAAAGAUGUGAACAGAUUUCAAUUAGCAUAUGCAAAUGUACUGAAAGCCAACAUGGAUAACUUGAAAAAACGAGACAAGAAGACAGAAAAGAGUAAAGCUAAGAAAUCAAAGGCAACUCAGUGAAGUAUUUCGUAUUUAAUAGAAUUUCUCAAAAUUGAGAUGAACAAAGUUAUGAUAAUAAAUUAUGUUAUUGAAGAUAUAAAGUGCUGGAAAUGAAAAAAUUCCAACUCUUUGUAUUUAUUGCUGUUUAUUACAAACCAUACUGAAAGAGCAGAUGUUGGCCCAAAACAAAAACUAGGUUUUCUUUUUAAUCCCUUCUAUAUGAAAGAGAGGAGGCAUAUUCCCUGCUAGUUCAAAUAAUCUCUUUGAUUUAAGAUUUUUUGUCUAUGGCACUAAAAUUUCAAACUUGAGGUAAUUUAAUUAUACUUGCUAUACACAUGAACCUGUGGGUAAGUGUGUUUACUAAGAAAAAAUGAAUGACGUGUAAUAUUCCAUGGUGUGCCAUGAUAAAGCAGUGUAUAACUUUUUCAUCCCACACUAUUGGAAGAAACAGGGAACCCCUGGCAAAUAUACAAUGGCUUUCAUGCAUUUUAAUUUGCUGUACUUCAAUGUCAUUGGAUAUACUGAACAAUUCAUUUAAAAACGUUUUUUCAUCUGCCAAAGUUUGCUUAGAUUCACCAUUUUGUUAUACCCUAUACCCUGUAUAACUGUAUCUUCAAACCAGCUAAAAUCAUUUAAAACCAUAUUUCCUUUGUUAAGCCUCUGGGGGCAUUAUUCUUUCAGUGCUUUGGACUGGGGGCUCAUUAGAAGGGGGCAUAUUAGAGGCCGGGGGCUCAAAAAAAUUCUUGAUCUAUUGGAAAUUCAUAAUAUUAUUUAUAUUCAAAAACACAACAGAUAAAAUGACUUUCAAAGGCCUGCCAAGGGAAAAGGACCACAACUGCCCUUAGGGGUGGGAGCUUGAUAGACAGGGAGCCUAAUUAAUAGGGGAAGGGGGCUUAAUAGAGAAAACAUGGUAACCAUUCUGUGAACAAGUUUGGAACACUUUUCGUCAAUCAAUUUACUGGUAUAUACAUAACAGAUCUUAGGUUUUCAUGUAAAAUGUCUCACAAUAUGCUUCAGAACAACCAGCAUAAUAUAAAAUAAUAAGAUAAAUAAAAAACAACAACAACAGA